GGCCCCAAUAAAGAUUAAAAUAAUCUUUAUUUGCUUUACAGUAACUGAUCCUGAUGAGAUAAUCAGUUUUAUGCAGCAGACAUGAAGUUCAAUCUCAGAAAUCAGAAAAUUAACAACGAUACUCAGCUACACAUUCCUUCGGACCGGAGUUUAUUCAUUUUAAAAAUUGCACAGCAUUUAUGUUAAUAUUUGCAGUUGUACAAUAUUUUACCCUUUAUUCUGUUCUUUUAUUUUAUUAUCUCUUUGUGCGACUCGACAGGCUGCGAUCGCCUGUCUGUCAACUGAACUGAACUGAACCGAACUGAACCGACCCGAACCGAACUGACUCGAACCGAACCGAACCUAACUCUCAGGUACAUGGUCAGCAUGUUUGCUUGUCUUUCCUUUUUUUAAUUUAAACUCCAGGAGGUUCUGGCUCUAAUUCCACACUAUAGAACAAAAGUGUGAAUAAUUAUUAGUGAUGAAAUAAAUAAAGAGUUGGAUGCUUCAGGCCGUCAGUUUAUUCUGAUGGAAUAAAAGAUUCAUUUAUUUUAGGGAUUUGACAAGGCUUUAAAAAUGCUUCCAAUAAGGCUGGAGGCAUUAUGAGCAGAAUAUUGAUAAACUGGGUCAUAUCAUUUAAUAAAUAGCCCUGAAUGUUCCUUCUUCAUGUUUUCCUCUGUAAAUCAUUUGAGACUUUAUUCCAAAUCUUUCAGUCUGACCGUAAUCUCUCAUCCUCCUCCACAAUUCUUUAAUGUUCUUCGGUUUUCUUGGUUCUUUAAUUGCCUCCACUUGCUGCGGUUUUGGUGCCGCUGCAGCAGAUGGCUUUGCAAUCUGGCCCCAGAUUAUUACAAUGGAGACGUGGAUAAUCUCAUCACAUUGUGGGCGAGCGGCGGACGCCGAGCGGGGCUGCAGGCCGACCUCGGCUGCUUUGGGUCAGAACCUCUCUGCUCCGCUGACAUCCUGCCCCAGGAUCAAACUGCAGGACAGCUGUCUGGAUUUAGAUAGUGAUGACCAUAAUCUCAUUUGGCAGCCAAGCAGAGAAACUCUGAGCUCUGCACACGUUUAGCCCUCAAACGCAGGAAAGGAGGAAGAUCUGCAGCAGGAUGGGGAACACCAAGAGCAGCGCCUUGUCCAAGGAGCUCCUGGAGGAACUCAAGUCCAACACCAAGUACUCCGAGGCGGAGCUGUGCGCCUGGUACCAGUCCUUCCUGAAGGAGUGUCCUGGCGGGAAGAUCACCAAGGAGCAGUUCGAAGGGAUCUACGCCAGCUUCUUCCCGGGCGCCGACCCCACAGCGUACGCUCGCCACGUUUUCAGGAGCUUCGACACCAACGCAGACGGCACCCUGGACUUUAAGGAGUACAUCGUCGCUCUGCACCUCACCUCUGGAGGAAAGACUCUGCAGAAGCUGGAGUGGGCCUUCGCCUUGUACGACGUGGACGGCAAUGGAACCAUCAGCAAGAACGAGAUCCAAGAGAUCGUUAGGUCGAUAUUCAACAUGAUCCCAGCAGACGACCAGACGAAACUCCCCGAAGACGAAAACACUCCAGAGAAGAGAGCUGAAAAAAUCUGGGCAUUUUUCGGAAAGAAGGAAAACGAUAAAAUCACGGAGGGCGAAUUCAUCCAGGGAGUGAUGGACAACAAGGACAUCCUGCGCUUGAUACAAUACGACGAACCUCAGAGAAUCAAAGACAAGCUGAAAGAAAAGAAGCAAUAAUUCAGGAGUUAACGUUGUGAUUUAAGACUGUUAAUAAUCUAUUUUUGUUUACCUUUUUAAUUUGCCUGUUUGAGCUACGUCUCUUCUUCUGUGAACUCUGUUCUGGUUACCAGCUAAACCAAUGAAUUAAUCACCUGGUGAUAGUAACCAAGCCUGCAGCUUCAGAUUAGCUAACGGGUAAUUAAAACGGGGCAGCCUUUAAAUCCUGUUAGAGCUUUUAUAUGAAAACUUGUACAAACUUGGCAGUUUGUGAUGUUAUUAAAAGUGAUUAUCUUUGUGUAUUUGAUAUCUCA